AUGUUGCUACUUAGCAUAUUACCUCUCUUCUUCUGUAGCGUUUUAGCUAUCAGAUCAGACGGAGGAUCAAGUUUUGCGGAAGAGCUUCUGUUGACGCCUUUGCCCAAUGGCCACUUACACACAAACUUUAAUUUCAAUAUAACUUCUUCGGAAUUCGCCAGCCAGCUGAACUCAUCGUCAAUCAUCAGCAAUUUCAACAUUUUCCCUAAUUCAUUGAUCAAUCUACUCAGUCAAACCAAUACUAAAAACUUGAGCAUACGAUUCACCAGUGGCUACUGGAACUCUGAAAGUUGGGGGAAGUUGCCCCAUGAUGGCCAUACCAGUGGAGGGAAUGGGUUGGAAUUAUGGGCCAAGAUAGAAGCAAGCUCUAAAGAAGAAGCUUUCACCAAUUGGAGAUUCUUGGUCAAUUCGUUGUCUGGUUUCUUUUGUGCCAGUUUGAAUUUUAUUGAUGAAACCAUUACCACAUUCCCAGAAUAUUCUUUUGGAAACACUCAUGAUCAGGGAAUUUAUUUACUAAGGGCAGCAUUGCCAAGGGAACCUAUUUGUACUGAGAACUUGACGCCGAUAAUCAAAUUAUUGCCAACCAAAGGUAGAGCUGGGAUUUCCAGUUUAUUGGACGGUCAUAAAUUGUUUGAUAGUAAAUGGGUAUCCACUUCAAUUGACCUCAACACAAUAGAUUCACAUAAUUCUCAAGAAGAUUCAAUAUAUUACAAGUUGGUCAUCAAUUUGAACAACGUUUUCAAUGUUCCAAUGUCGUUGAGCAAAAUUAAAAGACCUCUACCAAAACCAAUUCCUGGUGAAGAAUUGAAUUGCGACUACGACAAAUUUUAUGAUGCUUAUCAUUGUUUCCCUUCCAAUGUCUACAAUGAAGGGCUCAGUUUUGAUUUGGAUAAGAUCUUUGGUAGAAAGCUUAAGAUUGAUGAGAAAAUCGGCGAUAGUAAGAUUUGUGCUUAUGUUAAUAAAACCGCCAAUGGGGAGUUAAUACCCGAAAAUGAAAAGCAGAAUUGGGAACUCCAAGGGGUUCUUUCCUCACAGAACAAAGAAACAGGUCAUUUGUUGUUCGCUUAUGCUGGCCUUGAUGAAAAUAAUUGUUAUUCGAUUCCUAACAAACCAGAGAAGCGGGAAGAAUUUGAUUACAAAUUGGAAUUGAAAAACUCCUACAAUAAUAUCAGAAUUAGCGAUGAAGACAAACCUAAAAUUUAUGUCAGCAGAUCAAUAACGGGAUAUGAAUUGGAUAAGGGUGGUUUUAGAAUUGUUUUCAAGAACCCUGGUGAUGAGGAUAUUGAUUUGAUUUAUUUUGAAUCUUUGCCAUGGUACUUAAGACUCUAUUUGAACAGUUUGAAAAUCGUUCAAAAAUCACUAGACCAGCAAGAUACUGUCAAUAACGAGGAAAUCAUCAAAGAUAUUUCCUACGUUACUGCAAUUGAUAGACAAAGACCUGCCAAAUUAGAAAUGGUGAUGAAAAUACCGAAACAGUCCAUCAUCACCGUUACCUAUUCAUUUGAUAAAUCUUUGUUGCUCUACAGCGAGUACCCACCGGAUGCCAACCAUGGUUUCGAAUUGGAACUGGCAGUGGUAACCUUGAUUAAGUACCAGGAAUCCACGUCUACCAGUGAACCAAAGGAGUUUGACCCAUAUUAUGUGCUUAGAACCUCUACUUUGUUGGUUUCUUUGCCAACCCCAGAUUUCUCUAUGCCUUAUAAUGUGAUUAUCUUGACUUCCACUAUCAUGGCAUUAAUAUUUGGUACGGUAUUCAAUUUAUUGAUCAAAAGAAUUAUUAGCGAAGAAGAUUAUGAGAAAUUGUUGGAACAGGCUCCUAAAAAGAACUUGCAAUAUUUUAUAGCUUUAUUAAAACUGAAGGUGAAAAGCACAUUCCAGAAGAGCAAAAAGGAUUAG